GCCAUUCCUCGUCUCCUCCCCAUUGGCACCCAACCAAAAAAAACGAAUUUAGCCAGGAACAAGAACACAAUCCCUAGCUCCUCCUCUCCUCCGCGCUCCGCUCCCAUUCCCGCCCGAUCCCUCUCGCCAUGGGAAUGGGGCCGCUGGAGAACGCCGCCCCCGCCGCCGCCGACGGCGCCGCGCCGGUGAUGGCGGCGCCGGCGGUGGUGGCGAAGGCGGGGUCGUACGCGGUGCUGCAGUGCGGGGAGGACUCGGAGUACGUGCGCAAGGCGUACGGGGGAUACUUCGAGGUGUUCCGGGCGCUGCUGGCGGAAGAAGGGGAGCGCUGGCAGGUGUACAAGGCCGUGCGCGGGGAGCUCCCCGGGGAGGCCGAGGCGGCCGGGUUCGACGGGUUCGUCAUCUCCGGCAGCUGCAGCGACGCGCACUCAGACGAGCCGUGGAUCCUCGCGCUCGUCGACCUCAUCCGCCGCCAGCACGCCGCGGGGAAGCGCGUCCUCGGCGUCUGCUUUGGCCACCAGGUCCUGUGCCGUGCACUGGGCGGCAAGACUGGGAGAUCCUGCAAGGGCUGGGACAUCGGCGUGAGCUGCAUGCACCCCACCGCUGCUGCGGCCAGGCUCUUCGCUCCCCUCAAGCUGCCCGUCCACAUGCCCAUCAUCGAGUUCCACCAGGACGAGGUGUGGGAGCUGCCUCCUGGCGCUGAGGUGCUGGCCCGUUCUGACAAGACCAGCGUCGAGAUGUUCCGGCUCGGUGACCACGCCAUGGGCGUCCAGGGCCACCCUGAGUACAGCAAGGACAUCCUCAUGAGCAUCGCUGACCGCCUCCUCCAGCGGGACCUCAUCCUGGACUGUCAGGUGGACGUGGCGAAGGCGAGCUUCGACGUGCGGCAGCCGGACAAGGAGCUGUGGAAGAAGGUGUGCAGGGGCUUCCUCAAGGCGAGGCUCCAGUCGCAGCAGCAGAAGCAACAUAAGUUGCUAUAGGAGUUUACAGUGAGUGAGCAACUGAGGAAAGAGGAGGAGAAGAGUAGUAGCAUUGAGAGAGAGGGAGUUGUGAGCGCUAGGUUAAUCCUUAUUUUUCUGCUUCGAGCGUUGACCAUCUUGUACAGAAACCUAUUUAUUCGAAGCAUUAAUAAAAAAAAAUUGGGUGCUUUGGCGAUCUGAA